GCACGCACCAACUAGCUAGCUAGCAGACUGACCCGCUGUGAAUAAAUAACUUACUUAUAUGUUGUUUUACCCAAUGGUUUUGCAAUCCGUCUAAAGCAUCUCGUCAACGUUUUUAUCCAUGGUUUCAUCGCGGCGUGAAAGUCCAAACUCUUGCCAGGUAUGCCACGUAGCAAACUAUAAGAGUUACGCAAGUCUGGAAUGGAUUCAGCCUCAAAGCAAAUGUACGACGCAUUCAAAGAUGAUAUAUUGAAAGAAUUGGGACCACUGGAUCCCAACUGGUUUGAGGUACUGACAGCUCAAGCUAAUGAAGAAAAUGUCUCGGACCAAGAUGAGCUGUGUGCAAACCAAGAGGGAUAUUUUACAAGACAUUUAGACAAAACUGCAGUAGACAGUCAGCUGUUCUCAACCCCCAAAGUUUUCAGAUGCAGGCGAAUUGUGUCAGAUGAAACGGAUGAUGAGCAUUCGUUCACUGCUGAACAAGAAAAAGGACCAUUACCAUGGGCAGCAACAAGUCCAAAUUUGUUUCACACGUCUAAACAGAGAGUCCCAGUUGACACAUUCAAUGGUAUCCAGCCUCAGGACACUUUUGGUCUAAUUCACACUCCACAUAAAUCCACAAUCAGCUAUGCCAACCGUAUUUCUGAAAGUCUUGGUGCACAGAUCAAUCCUGAUUAUUCAUGGACCAGUUCGUUGAAUACCCCACCAGAGUCAUCCACUCUGAUUCUAUCUAAAAAUGAAGAGAGUUCUUGUCCGGAGACUGUUGCUGGAGACAAAGAUGUUGUUUUGGCGUGGAAGCUUUUCCCUUCUCUUUCAAAAACAUCUACAGUUGGAAAUGAACUGGCCAAAAACAGUGAUAUGCCUUCUGUUUGCGAAGGUGCUGCUUCCCCCGAGGCUUCAUUAAAAAAGACUGAUGGCAUUUGGCGACAGAAGCUGCCAGAUGCUAUUGAGGAUGAAGAAAUUCGCACCACAGUAGCAAGUGUCCUGGAUGGAGCCGAAAAUGCUCUCUCACUGUUUUUUGCCAACAGUAGUUCAUCACUGAGAAAAGUGAAACUCGACAGAGCCAAGCGGAAGCAAAUCACUCAGACAAACGUAAAUGGCUGUGGUUCUCCAGACAUCUCAACAACAAACCACACCAGUGAAGAAAGAACACACCACCAGGAACCUGGCAGCAUUCCCUCAUCACCAUUGGUAAAAACUGGAGACACAGGACUGAGUCAGUGGUCCCCAUUGACUUUAUCUCAAAUGCCACCUUCUGUGGAUGGUGAUAUUUUAACACAGCGGCUGAAGAACUCAGAUUCUGGGCAGUCUGUCAGACCACUCAUAAAAGUCACAGACUCUGGAGUUAUUACAAAAAAGAGAAAAUUUGUUUACACCGUUGGGACUUUGCAACCGUCACACAAGAUGGACUCAUCACCAGGGAUUCCAAAUUCUGGACAAGAUGUGAGUGUCAAGCAGUUGGGGAAAGGCCCAGAUGAAGCAGUCUAUUGCCCUGUUGGGAAUACAGCAAUCCAAGUAAAUCUCCCUGGUGAAAAUCUGCAUUCCUCCGUUCAAGCAAAAAUCCAGGAUCUUGAUAUUUCACAGCUUGGCAGAGAUUUUGCACAAGACUUCAGCCAAAUGGCAGAACCUUGUAAACAGAGUAAAGCAGCAGAGGAUACACAAAGGGAUCAUUUCUGUCCAUCGACUUGUCUGUCUGCCAUGAAACAAGCCAAGCAAAAGGCAAUGCAAGCAACCCUUCGCUAUGAUUCUGAUGGCAUCAGAAAACCUGUUUUUACCACCAAUCAAAAUUUCUCCAUCAAUGAUGGCGCCACAGGUGACAGUGGAUUCCAGUCUGGUGUGGCAGACAACACCCAUAUGAGCGCAUCUUCAUUUGUUCUUCCUUGCUCAGAGGACAUUGGUCAAAGUCAACCGUCUUUCCCAUCUGCAAAGAAAGAAAAAAGAAAAGUGCAUUUUGGUGCUGAAUCUAAAACCACAAUUUCUAGUGGACAGAGCUCCCGCCUUGAGAAAAGGGAGACACUGGGCUCUGGAGGAGAGAGUGAGCUGCACUUAGAGGGCACAUCAGCGCAACUACCAACGAGUUCAGAAGGAUCUGUCGAUAACAUUAAUUGCAUUCCACUAAAUGGCCAGGUCUGUGGCAGUCUGCCAGAGAAAGCUGCAGUUUCUCUUCCUUCCCUCCAUACAUCAGGGUUCAAAACAGCUUCAAAUAAGGGAAUACAGAUUUCCUCUGCCAACCUGGAGAGAGCCAAGAAUCUCUUUGAAGAGACUGAGGGUGAAAGGACUUUUACUGAUCAUCAAAUCAAAUCAGACCGUGCUGCUGAACAUACAAAUAAAACAAGUAAUGCAUCAGUGAAAAGUACAACCUCUAACUCGAAUCAGCAACUGCCUUUAACAGAAACAUUUGGGGAUAACACUUGCCAAUUAACAGCUUCACAAAUGGCUGAUGUGACAGAACUGUGCACUCUGUUGGAAGAGGCAGAUAGCCAAUUUGAAUUUACACAGUUCAAAACUGAAAAGCCAAAAAAGCAUAGUCAAGAUGAUGCCGCCACUCCACAGAACACUGACAAGGAACUUGACCCGGAUUUUCUUAAGGGUAUAGAUUUUGAUGACAGCUUCAACUCAGAUGCUGAAAAGCACAUGGCAAAAACUGUGAUGCCUGACCAAAUGACCUCUGUUUUAAUUGAUAAGAGAAAUAGUAGAGGAGCAGAUGCUUCAAGUAAAGCCACAGGUAUGUCAAUGUCAAGUACAGUGACAAAAGAAAAUUCCUCUGUUGGCGAGGCAACGUCCUCUUCAGAGCACAUUACUGAAGGCAGUCUUAUGUCAACUGAACCACAAAGUCUUGACAAAACUGAACACACUGAAACAAACAAGCUGGAGAAUCCUUUGAUGCGUGCUGUAGCAUUUAAGACUGCAGGAGGAAAUGCUUUGAGAGUUUCAAAAGCAUGCCUGAGCAAAGCUAGAGCUUUAUUUGCAGAUUUAGAGGAGAACCUGACAGAUCAGAAAUCAACAGACCAGCAAAUCGAUGAAAAUGGUGCCAAAAUCAAGCAUAAGAAGAGCAUUCAACCUGCGGCAGAAUGUAUGAAUGGAGGCAUCAAGUUCGAACAUGCUGGACAGGUGUCACAUCACUCUAAGAAACCACCCGUAGAUGAUGUGAAAAUGAAUGGUAUAGGUUAUAAUGGUGCACCGGCUUUAAAAAAUGAACCAUCUCCCCAUGGAAACCAGUUUUCCUCUUCAAAGCAAUUUUCUUCCAUGCUGUGCAACACAUCAAAGAAUAUUGAUUCCUCUUCUGUCAGUAGUUUGAGCAGUGGCAAUGGAUUCUGUACAGCCAGCGGGAAGAAAGUAUCUGUGUCAGCUGAUGCAAUCAAAAAGGCUGAAAGUCUGUUGAACGAGGUUCAUAUACUUGAGGACACAAACAAACAACUGAGUCAAAAAGCAUUAAGAACAGAACAGCUCAGUGUUAAUAUUUGUGCUCCACCACCAAAAUGCUCUGGCUUACAUAUAGCCAGGGGAAAAGGAGUUGGCUUUUCUUCUGCACCUCUCAAGAAAACUCCAGUUCAGCAUCCACCGUCCAGUAAUGUUGGGUUUCUUUCAGCCAGUGGUAAAAAAGUAGCACUUUCAUCGGACGCCCUUCAGAAAGCAAAAACUCUCUUCAGUGAUAUCAGUUUAAGCGACGCGAUGCCACACCUUUCACACCCAAGUGUGAAAUACAAUGACAAGAAGCAAGACAAAGCUGAAGAUGCCAAGAAAAUAAAUUCUAGUAUCACAACUGCAGGUGGAGAAAAUGUCCACAUGCCACGGAAAAGUCUUUGUAAAACAAAACAUCUUCUGAAAGGAUUUGAUGAAUCUGUUUCAACAGAAGCAAUGCAAGAGGGAGAUGCUUUGUUUAAAGCCUGUGAUAUGGACAUGAAUGAUGGACUAAUGAGUAAAAAUGGCAACAAGAGUGUAAACUUCUCAAAACUGAAACCAGAUCAGAGCUUCACAGUUAGCGGUCCAGAAAAUACUGGGAAUGGAUCCACUCUGGACACAAGCAGCAAACAAGUGAAACAAACAGAAGAUACUUUGCCACCGCAGAAAGAUGGAUUUCAGACUGCCAGUGGAAAAGGAGUUGUUAUUUCAUCCGAAGCUCUAAAGAAAGCCAAAACUCUGUUUAGUGAAUGUGAAAGAGCUGAGGGUGAAUUUCAUAUAACGGCAUCACAUUCCAAGACUCACAUUCACGGUCCACCACCCAGAAAGGGUGGAUUCCUUGCAGCGAGUGGUAAACCUAUGACACUAUCAUCAGAGGCCCUUCUGAAGGCAAACGCUAUUUUUAGCGACAUCAGUUUAACUGAAGAAAUCCCAGCUGUCUUGCACACAAGGAAUGGGGAUGAGAAACAAAACAACACUGAAGAUACCGAUAAAAUCCACUGUGGUUUCACAACUGCGGGAGGAGCAAACGUCCAUGUGUCACAGAAAAAUGUUUUGAAAGCAAAACAUCUUCUGAAAGAAUGUGAUGAUUCUAUUUCAACAAAGGCGAUGCAAGAGACAGAUGCUUUCUUCAAAGACUGUGACGUGGAUGGUAGUAAUGGACCGAUGAGUAGAAGUGACAACAAGAAGAAAAGCUUUUUAAAUCUGAAACCCAAUGAAAAAGACUCAGUAAACAUUUCAGUGGAGCCUGGACAUAAAUGCACUGACAAUCCAAGCAAAGAAGAGAAGCAAAGGGAAGAUACUCUGCCACCACAGAAAGGUGGAUUUCAGACUGCCAGCGGAAAAGGAGUUGUCAUUUCGUCUGAAGCUCUGAAGAAAGCAAAAUCCCUUUUGAGUGAAUGUAAUGAAGUAGGGGGGGAAAGUAGUGUACAACCAUCACUUUUAAAGGCUUCGGUUCAUGCACCACUGGCAAGGAAUGGUGGAUUUCUUUCUGCCAGUGGUAAGAAAGUGACACUUUCGUCAGAGGCCCUUCAGAAAGCUAAAUCUCUCUUCGGUGACAUCAGUCUUGGUGCAGAAAUGUCAGACGUUUCACACACAAGGCACGGUGACAAGAAAAAAGACAAUGGCGAGAACACAGAGAAAAUGCAUUGUGAUUUAACAACUGCAGAACGAGAAAAAGUCCACGUGUCGCCGAGAAAUCUUUCUAAAGCAAAUUCUCUCCUUAAAGAACUUGAUAAUUCUGUUUCAACAGAAAUGAUGCAAGAGGCAGAUGCUUUCUUCAAAGGCUGUGAUAUGGACAUUGACAAACGCCAAAUAAGUGCAAGUGUCGGCGAGAAGAAACCAGAUAUAAGCAUGCGAGAAAUAACUUCUGAGGAGGCUGGAAAUGAUUGCACUGCUCAGGACACAAGCAAACAAGGGAAACAAAGAGAAGACACGUUGCCGCCACAGAGAAGUGGAUUUCAGACUGCCAGCGGAAAAGGAGUAGCUAUUUCAUCUGAAGCUCUGAAGAAGGCAAAAUCCCUGUUUAGUGAAUGUGAUGAGGCAGAUGAUAAGAUCUGUGUAAACCAAUCACAUUUAAAAACUCCAGUUCAUCAUCCACCAACCAAGAAUGGUAGAUUUCUUUCAGCCAGUGGUAAGAAAGUGUCACUUUCAUCCGAGGCCCUUCAGAAAGCAAAAUCUCUGUUCAGUGACAUCAGUUUUGCUGCAGAAAUCCCGGGGAAUGGUGACAGGAAACAAAACGGUAGCGAAGACACAGACAAAACGCAUUGUGGUUUCACAACUGCAGGAGGAGAAAAAGUCAGAGUGUCCCAGAAAAAUCUUUUGAAAGCAAAUCACCUUCUGAAAGACUUUGAUGAAUCUCUUUCAUCACAAAUAAUGAAAGAGGCAGAUGCAUUCUUCACAGACUGUGAUAUGAACAAUACCAAUGGACCUGUGAGUAGAAGUGGCAGUGAGAUGAAAAACUUUUCAAAGCUGAAACCAGAUGAAAGUGUGUCUAUAAGCAUUUCUGAUAAUCCUGGAAAGGGAUGCACUGAUGAGGCCACAGGCAAACUAGAAAAAGAAAGUGAGGACUCUUUGCCACCACAGAGAGGUGGAUUUCAGACUGCUAGUGGAAAAGGAGUUUGUAUUUCAACUGAAGCUCUGAAGAAAGCUAAAUCCCUGCUGAGUGAAAGUGAUGAGGUGGGGGAUAAAAUUGGCACAAAACAGUCACAUUUCAAAACUCCUGUUCAUCGUCCAUUUCUUUCAGCCAGCGGCAAACCUUCAGUUCUUUCACCCGAGGCCUUAGAGAAGGCAAAAACUCUCUUCAGUGACGUGAGUGUGAUCACAAAUGUCCCAACUGUCUCAAACACAACGGAGAGUGACAAAGAUCACAAAGAUGCUCAAAGCAAUAUGGAAAAAAUGCAUUGUGGCUUCAAAACUGCAGGGGGAGCAAAAGUCCAUGUGUCAGAGAAAAGUCUCCUGAAAGCAAACAACCUAUUAAAAGAACUUGAUGAUGGGGAGAGUCAUGGUUCAAACUCAUGUUCAGUGAACCCACCUGACAACCGUAAGUUUGAUCCAUCUAAAGACAAGACGGAUGCAUUUCGAGAGGACAACCUUCACGACGGCCUUGAACAGAAAACGCCAAGUGUGUUGGACGGAGACAUUAAUCAGACAGGCAGCAACGAGGGACCUAAAGUUAUGAGAGCAGAUGAGUCUUCGGUUCUAAACUUUCAGUCACUUGAUCUCACCGGCUGCACAGAAACUCAGCAGAGGUUUCUCGCACAGGAAGCUCUGGACUGCACUAAAGCCUUGUUAGAAGAUGAAGCCGAGCAAAGUCUUUCGCUGACUUCAGAAACUGGACCACAGCAAGACGACUUAAAAUCCAGAGGUCGAUCUGCAGAGGAAGAAAGGGGAAGAGGGAAAAGAUCCAUGGAAGACGCAGAUAUGACUGGUGAGCCUCCUCUGAAAAAACGAUUGGAAGAAUAUGACAGGACCAUCGUUCAUGGCCCAAGAAGUUCAGUACUUCACCCAGUAAAAAGUUGUCCAGAUGGUGUGAGGAAAGACAGAGUUUUCAAGUACAGCACUGCUCUUCAGCCAAACAUCACAAAGCCACUUGGGAGUGGGAGAAACUUUAUUGAAACACGAUUCCAGGAUCCAGCAAACAAAGGAGACAGCAGAUUGGCACAAUCCAAGAAGCCAGCAUUCGUUCCUCCAUUCAUCAGAAGUGCAAACACAGAGGCCAAUACAACACUCAAGGACAACAUAAGAACACCUCCUGCAUUUACUCCUCCAUUCAAAAGACAAAGAAGCAUUGUUCAGGAGAGCUCCUCUAAACCUCAGAAGAAGGAGGAGGAUGUCUUUGUAAUUCCUUAUGUACCGCCCACUAAAAAAACACAAGGCAGCACAGAUGAACCUGUCGUUGUUGACAGUACAAGUAGUACAAGUAGUAAUGUGACAGAUAAUCAAAGCCUUUCUAUUGGCUGUGUCAGUUCUGGUGCGAAGGAAUCAAAUGAGGAUGACACACUUUCCAGAAGCCAAGACAUACAUCAGAGUCUUGAGAGUAUUGAGUUGGCACAAGACAUGCAGGCCAUGAGGCUCAGGAAAAAGAAGCGCCAGAACAUUCGCCCUCAACCAGGAAGCUUGUUUCUGACCAAAACUUCGGGAGUGGAGAGGAUCCCGUUGAAAGUGGCAGUCAGUGGAAAAGCCCCAGCAAGAUACACCCAAAAACAGCUGUAUGAGUAUGGAGUCCAGAAGCACGUUUCUGACAUCACAAGUGAGACAGCGGAAUCGUUUCGCUUCAGUUUGCUCAAGUUCAUGAAAGAGGAAACAUUUAUAGACCGAGGUGGUGUUCAGCUUGCUGAUGGAGGAUGGCUGAUCCCCAGCAAUGAUGGAACUGCAGGGAAAGAGGAGUUCUAUAGAGCACUAUGUGACACCCCGGGUGUGGAUCCGAAACUGAUAAGUGAGGCGUGGGUGUACAAUCACUACCGAUGGAUUGUGUGGAAGAAAGCCUCCAUGGAGAAAUCCUUUCCGGAAACGAUGGCCAGCCUUUGUCUCACCCCAGAGCAGGUUCUACUUCAGCUGAAGUACAGGUAUGAUGUAGAAGUGGACCACAGCCGUAGGCCAGCUCUGAGAAAAAUCAUGGAAAAGGACGACACAUCCGCCAAAACCCUGGUCCUCUGCGUCGCCGAGAUCAUCUCCAGGGGUCAAUAUCCCAAUAAACAGAGUCGUAAUGAAACCGUCGCUCCGGAAGGCACCGAUGCCAAGGUUGAAAAUCCGUCUGGAGUCGUUUGGCUGACGGAUGGUUGGUAUGCCAUUAAAGCCCAGCUGGAUGAACCUUUGACAGCGAUGCUUCGCAAGGGACGACUGGCUGUCGGCGGCAAGUUGAUCAUCCACGGGGCUCAGCUGGUGGGAUCACAAGAUGCUUGCCCCCCUCUGGAGGCACCUGAAUCUCUCAUGUUAAAGAUCUGUGCCAAUAGCAGCAGACCAGCGCGAUGGGAUGCUAAGCUGGGGUUUCACAAAGAUCCACGGCCGUUCCUGCUCCCAGUCUCCUCUUUCUAUAGCAAUGGGGGACCAGUAGGAUGCGUUGACAUUGUCGUACUGAGAAGCUACCCCAUACAGUGGAUGGAGAGGAAACCAGAUGGAGGUGUCGUGUUCCGUUCUGUUCGUGCGGAAGAGAAGGAGGCGAGACGAUACGACAGCCAUAAACAAAAAGCUAUGGAGAUCCUGUUUGCCAAGAUUCAAGCUCAGUUUGAAGCUGAGAAAGGUAAUGUAAAGCCCCAACGCAGAAGACAAAUGCUCAGUCAUCAGGAUAUUGCAAGUCUCCAGGAUGGAGAGGAAUUGUAUGAAGCAGUGGGAGAUGACCCAGCUUACCUCGAGGCUCACUUGAGUGAGCAACAGUUGGAGACUCUUCAUACUUAUAGGCGCUCUCUGAUGGAAAAGAAGCAGACGGAAUUACAAGAUCGAUAUCGACGGGCUCUUGAAGGAGAGGAUAACGAAAAGAACUGUCCCAGACGAGAUGUUACACCCGUGUGGAGGCUUUGUGUCGCUGAUUCCACGGACCAAGAUGGCAAUGUUUACCAGUUGAAUCUGUGGCGACCGUCCUCUGACCUUCAGUCUCUACUGAAAGAAGGCUGUCGCUACAAAGUCUAUAACCUCACCACUUCUGAAGGAAAGAAACGCAGCACCGUUGAAAGCGUUCAGCUCACUGGGACAAAGAAAACACAGUUUCUGGACCUACAGGUUUCCCAGGAGUGGUUGUCGGCACAUUUCCAACCAAGAGUCUCCACAAAUUUUGUGAAUCUUCAAAACCCAGAAUACCAGCCGCUAUGUGGAGAGGUUGACCUCACAGGAUGUGUCAUUAGUAUCGUAGAUGAACGGGGUUCUUCUCCCGCGUUCUUUUUGGCCGACGCGGAUCUGAACUUUGUGAAAGUGCGCUGUUUCAGCAGUUUGUCUCAGGCUGGCCUGGAAGAUGUGCUGAAACCACGUGUCCUCUUGGCUCUGAGCAACCUGCAGCUGAGAGGCCAGUCCAUGCAUCCCACUCCGGUCGUCUAUGCUGGAGAUCUCACCGUCUUCUCUACGAACCCCAAAGAAGCGCACCUGCAGGAAUCCCUCACCCAAAUCAAGAACCUGGUCCAGAGUCAAGAAAACUUCUUUCUGACUGCGGAGGAGAAGCUUUCACAUUUGCUGAGACCUGAUGGCCUGAGCUCCGUCUCUUCUCCAGCUCUGCAGCCACAAAGCCCUGCUUCCUCAACAGCUGCUGUUUAUCAGAAACCAAUCAGAAGCGUUGGAGCUCUAACACCUGUCAGCAGGAACGUUCCUGCAAAAACAUCUUCGGCAGAAAAAGAUCCCAGAAGCCUGAAAAGAAGGAGAGCUCUGGCUUUUCUGUCUCGUGUUCCGUCUCCGCCGCGUCUCUCCCAUCUGGGCCCAGUGGUUUCUCCUUCUGUGAAAAAGACUUUCAACCCCCCUCGGAGAUCUGGAGCACCUAGCACUUUAAAAACUGCACAGAUCACACCUCACAAACCCGUUGACUCCUUGGGGGAGGGUGAAUGGGUGAAUGACGAAGAGCUGGCAAUGAUCGAUACGCAGGCAUUGCGUGUCGGCGAUGGAAAGUAGAUGCAUACGACUGUAUUGUGACAAGCACACUUCCUCUUAAAAAAAAGAACUGUACAAAUGUUUUAUGUAAAUGCUGUGUACAUAUUUUGUGGUUGUGUUGGUUGUUUCACUGGAAUCAUUAAAGUGUUGAAUUU